CUAAAGGCCACAAUUCUGUCCAAUUAAGCGCGAGAGAGAGAGAGAGAGAGAGAGAGAAGAGAGGAGAGAGAGAGAGUACUCCUGCUCACUGAGUUCGCUGCAAUGAUAACAUAGCAGACAGUCAACCUCUCCCCAAAAUGAUUUUCACUCUUUCUCCCUCCUUACUUGGGGUUUCCACUCCCACUUUGCAGAUAAGGCUCCCACAUGCAACUAAAUAUUCCGUGGAUGAUGGAUCUUCAAUUUUGAGGAAAACAACUUGUUUUAGUCUGAACCAUGGUGCGAGUUCAUUAGGUAUGUUUAUUCUGCCAGGUAGGCUUCGAAGGAAUCAGAGAUGGGGUAGGAGCCUCUCGGUUUCAGAUGGUGAUGGAAUUGCAACAGACCAUGUUAACACGGAGUCUGAAAGAAAUGCAAGACCCGUUGGUGAGAGUAAUGACUUCUCAGGAGUCAAGAUUCCGAGUCCAUUUAGUCCUGCCUCUAAAACAAAUCCCAACCCUCCAAUAAUUGAUAGGGAUGGUUCUGCAUCUGCAACCAAGUCAAACACUGAUACUUUACAGGAGGGCCCACUUGCAAAAUCGGAUAAAUCACUGCCUUCAAAGAGAUCGUCCCUCACAGCUCGGGAAAAGCUAAGGGCUGCUCGGGUCCUCAGUAGAUAUAAUGAAACAAAGCCUUCAAAAAGACCGGAAAUGGGGAGUAAGGUUUUAGAGGCGAUAAGGGAAGGCGAUAAAGGAAAGUCAAGGUCUGGCCUGCCUGAAGCCCCAACAGACUUAUUUGAUGAUAGCCAGCGUGGAUUGCCAAAAGAAGGCCUCACGUUUGAACUUCCUGGGGGCACCGAUCUAUUUGUUAUUGUCUUCUCUAUUGUGUUCAUCAGCACUGUCAUGUUUGGGACGACUUAUGUUGUUUGGAAGGCUGGAGCAAUCCAUUUUAAUGAGUAUUGACUGAUCUGUUCAAGAGAAUAAAGAGGUUUCCAUUUGUUUAAAUGAAAACAGAAUUUGACAAGUUGUGUAGAUUGGAAGGGAAUCCCCAUGAGGAGAAUGUCAACUGUUUGGAGCAAGUAUUCUCUAAUUUGCCCCUGCCAAAGGUUCAUAAUAUGGAUGGAAAUUGGAGAAAUCAAUGAUGCAGCUUAAGUGAUGCCACCUCAUAUGUAAUAUUUUGUCAUGUUCUUCUAAGAAUGCAAUAUAGAAAAGGUUUGAUUUUAAAUGUACAAUUGCCGUUCUGUUUCUUGUGUAAUUGUGAUGCUAUAUUUAGAAUGUAUUGUAGUUACUUUAUGAUUAUGCUGUAGGGACUGUUAUUAUUGCCAGCUGCUGCUGGUGAUGAUCAUGUUGUUUCUGUUGGGGCCACAUGUUUAUACACGAGUCUACGUCAA